AUGGUGGAAGUGAUGGCGAGCGUCGCCGCCACCAGUGUGAUGGGCUCCGUCAUCGGCAAGCUGGCCGCCAUGCUCAACGAGAAGUACAAGCUCGCCAAAGACGUCGAGCGCGGGAUCCACUUCCUGCAUAAGGAGCUGAGCAGCAUGGAUGCUGUUCUGCAGAUGCUCGACGAGAAGGACGACGACCAGAUCGAUCCACGAGCCAAGGACUGGAGGAGCAAGGUACGUGAGCUGUCCUACGACAUUGAGGAUUGCAUCGACCGUUUCAUGCUCAACCACAGCCAGGGAGGUUCCAAGGCCAACUUUGUGCGCAAGGCCAUGCGAAAGGUGAAGACACUGUUCAAGGACGGAGGAAUAGCAGAGGAGAUCCGAGAACUCAAGAGCCUCGUCAGUGAGCAGAGCGAGCGGGGGAAACGCUACUGUGACAUCAAUCAGUGUCUCACCGCCUCAGCACAGCCGGUGCUCUUGGAUCCUCGCGCACCUGCACUCUUUCAGGAGGCCAGCGAUCUUGUGGGAAUAGAUGCUCCUCGUGAGGAGAUCAUCAGGUUAUUGAAAUGUGAAGAGAAGCAGCACAAAGUGGUGUCCAUCUAUGGGAUCGGUGGACAGGGGAAGACCACCCUCGCCAUGGAGGUGUACCACAAAAUUACUGAAGUAUUUGAUUGUCGGGCUUUCGUGUCUGUAUCACAAACUCCAGACACGAAGAGGCUUCUGAGAGAUAUAUUGUCUCAAAUAAGCAAGAGCGAUUUUGACCGGUCAGACAGGUUGGAGACAGAUCAGCAGCUGAUACGCACACUGAGGGAAUGCUUAAAGGACAAAAGGUAUUUCAUCCUGAUUGAUGAUAUCUGGAAUGAAUCAGCAUGGAAUGAUGUACUAUGUGCCUUACCUCGCAAUGACAAUGGAAGCAGAAUUAUUACUACAACACGCAGUAAAGCAGUAGCCAACAAAUGUUGUAAUGGUAUUGCCGCACAAAUGUAUGAAGCCAAGCCACUUAGUGAUGAGGACUCUCAGAGAUUAUUCUUUACGAGGCUAUUUUUCUCCGGUGAUGAUUGUCACCCAGAUUUGAGAAAAGUAUCCGAUGAUAUUUUGAAGAAAUGUUGCGGCUUACCAUUAGCCAUAAUCAGUAUAGCUGGUUUAUUAGCAAACAGAAGCAAAACAGUGGAAGUCUGGAGCAAUGUAUUGAGAUCUAUUGCUGCUGCAGUUGACAAAGAUUCUCCCAUUGAUAAGAUGAAAAGAAUUCUGCUACUGAGUUACUUUGACCUUCCUCACGAUCUAAAGAGUUGUUUGCUAUAUCUCAGUGUGUUUCCAGAGGAUUAUUCCAUUGAUUGCCGCCAGUUGAUAUUGCUAUGGGUAGCCGAAGGACUGAUUCCUGGACAAGAUAGAGAAACUAUGGAGCAGCGUGGGAGAAGUUACUUGAAUGAGCUGAUCAAUAGAAGCUUGGUCCAGCCAACCAAGGUUGGGGCAGAUGGCACAACCGUGAAACAGUGCCGAGUUCAUGAUGUCAUACUUGAGUUCAUUGUGUCAAAGGCUGUAGAGGACAACUUUGUUACCAUAUGGAAUGGUAAUGGUUUUUCUAAAAAUUAUUCUUCGAACAAGAUUCGCCGUUUAUCCAUCCAGAAAGACAUUUCUGCCCGGGCGGAAGAGAUUGCCAAGACCAUAAAAAAUGCAGCUCAUAUUCGAUCAAUUAAUAUCUUUGGUUUUAAUUCAGUGCUGGUCCAUAAGCAUGCCUCUGAGUUCUUAAACAGCCAAGUCUUGCGAGUGCUGAAUAUAGAAAGUCAGGUUGUUGGAUGUAAUCUUGGACAUGUCAAAAGUUUUGGUCAAUUGAAGUACUUGAGGGCAGGCCAUCAAUUUGUCGGAGUCCCCAAGCUUCCAGAAGAUAUAGAAAAGCUGCAACAUCUAGAGACACUAGAUUUGAGAGAGUCCGAUCUUGAAAACCUACCAGCAAGUAUUAUGCUGUUGCAGAAGCUAGUGCGUGUUUUUGUCGGUGACUCAGUGCACCUGCCCGAUGAAAUCCGAAAUCUGCAGGUGUUGGAAGAGCUAUCAAUGAUCAAUUUGGGUAUUCAAUCUGUAGAGUUUAUCCAAGGACUCGGUGAUCUGACCUAUCUGAAAGUACUUGAAAUUGAUUGGCCAUGCUCUACUGAACUACGUGAUAUGAAGGAUCACAAGGAAGCAUGUAUCUCAACGGUCUCCAGGCUGCUCAGGCACCUGCGAGAACUACGCGUGUGGGAUAGGGAUCCUGAUGCCACAUGUUCAUUCAUGGCUUCGUGUGUCCCUACUCCACCACCACUUCAAAAGCUUAUUCUUAAUACAAUUAACUUAAAUAGGGUGGGCCCUCUAAUUAGCUCACUAGUCAACCUGUCUCGCCUCUGCAUUGGUGUUUAUGGUGAAGCAGGCGAGGAAGGAAUAAAUAUCCUAGCAAGUUUACCCAUGCUGCUCUCUCUUACUGUUGGCUUAUCCAAUGACCAAGAUGGAGAUUCAGGCAUCCUCUAUGCAAGGCAUGCAAUCAGCAGACAAGGAUUCCAGCGUUUGGUCAAGUUUAAUUUACGCAGUUACAACAACCGUGAGAUGGCAUUGGAGUUUGAGCCGGGAGCCAUGCCAAAGCUCCAAAGGCUCAAGCUGCGACUGCUGGCACGGUGCCAGUUCAAGUUUGGGGAAGGUGGCCUCGUCCUCGGGCUGCAGAAUCUGGGACUCGGCCUCAAACAUGUGGCUGUCCAUGUUGACUGCUCUGCUGCUGUUGCUGACGAGGUGGAGGCUUUGGAGGAUGACAUCAGGGGCGUAGCAGCAGUCCAUCCCAACCGUCCCAUACUCCAGAUCCAAAGAAUUCAUCAAGAUUGGAUGGCUCAGGGGUGCAGCAGGCGUCCAUCCGACCAUGCCACAGUAGAAGCCUAA